CUUGAAGACACGCAGUUUAAAAGAAGACUAUCAGAUUUAAAUUUCACAAGAGCGGUUUAAUCAUUUAAGCUAUGGCUUGCAUGAGAAAACUUCCACGGGUUUUCUGGAAAGGAGCGCACCGCUUAUUGUCAACUCAGUUUCAGCAUAGUGUUUUUGAUUACGACGACGAACGAUCUAAGCUGGAAAAGGAUUUGCCACGCGUGUUCGAAAGUAUUCUCGCGGCGAAUAGCGCGUUCUUCCCGGAGACAGAACAAAACCUGAGGGAAUGUUUUGCAUCAGUUACUCCAUUCGUUCACAUCGAUCGUGGAAUGAAACUGAUUGAAACAUUCGCAGCGGCAAGUACGCCACAAACGAUCAACGAAGUUUCGAUGCAUGUCGCGAGAACACUGGCACUUUGCUGUGAGUUAGUGACGUCUUCAUUUUUUAUAAUCGACGAUGUCCUAGAUGGACGUGAUGUCAGGAACAAUAGACCCAGCUAUCAUGUAGAAAGUAACGGGAAUGCCAUGCUGGAUGCAAUUUUGUUAAAUCACGCAGCUCAACAACUCACCGCUAAUAGCAUUAAGAAUCGACCGAAAGUGAAAGAAGAGAUCGUCCGAUUACUUCAAAAUGCAUCCACAAGAACCACCAUUGGAAUGCUCCAGGCACGUUUAAUACGCUCGCGCGCAUUAGAGUCACCCGAGGAAGCUUUCGACUCCAUCAACAUGAACAAGUAUCAAAGCACCGUUACUUCCAAAAUCGAAUAUACGGCUUUCGAAUUACCAAUCGGAUGUGGUCUAUUGCUGGCUGAGAAGGAGUACGACAAAAUGAUUCAAAAGGCUGCGGUCGACAUGGGUGUAUUGCUGCAGAUCGAAAAAGACUUGCGGGUUGUGGAAAAUGGGACGGCGUUGAACAAUGGUUACAUUUCGUGGCCUAUUGUGAUGGCCAAGCAACUAGCCAACAAAGAUCAACUCAGCGUUCUUCGCCGAAACUUUCUUCCAACGCGGGAUAAGGAUUCAGAAGUAGCCAUCCGUCGGAUAUUCGAAACGUUGCGCUUAAAACAAAAUUGCAAGAUGUUUCGCGAAGGUUUAACGGGCGAAGUCAACGAAACCAUACAGCGCAGUCACAUAGGCGAAAGGGCCAAGAGAUAUUUGCUCGAUGUGGCGCAGGAUGUCCUUAAAGGCACUUUCAACCGUUUCGAUUAACCUUUCCGAAUCUACGAAACGAGAAGAAAUACUCUCGCGAACACCUGGAUUGUUGGCUAAAGCGCGACUGUUCUCCCUGGGCGCGGGUCAGUGCUUCCCUGAACUUUGCGAGCGGCAAUGUUUUCUGGAUGUAUAGAUCAUGUGCUCGCAAUGAGUGCUGAGCCCGUUUCCUGACAUCGUUUACACGGAAUCUAAGAGAUAGUUACGAUCUUCUGGGAAUAAAGGGAAAGAACAGCAUCUAUUCAUUUAUCAAAAAUUGUGUGCUGGAUCAUAGCUGAAAGUAAUGAAUAAUUUCGAAAAAUCACGUUAAGUACAAUACUGUACUGCAUUUUGCUUGCCACUGGAUGCCAGCUUAUUACGCCUGCUGUUCCAUUCCCUGCUGAUGGAAUUGGGGUUUAUGCCAAAUCCGCAGAAGACAGAUCUGCGGUAGGCUUUUCGGCGGCGGCUUUUUUGCGGUGAACAGCCCUUGCGCGGUCGUCCCUCCCGCGGAAUUACCGUGAAAUCGUCGGAGCGGCAUUUUAUUCUAUAGAAAGGUAUUUUUACCAGAUUUCUACAGCCGAUUGCUGAAAACAAG